AUGACGGCAGCGAUCAAACAGGGCGCAGCAUCAGGGAUUCAAGGAACUGCAACUACAGGAGGAGACACUAGGAGGCCCAAGCAAGGCAGCCUUAACCCAGAGAAGCCGUGUGCCUGUGGAUGGACAGUGCAGGCACCCAUGGCAUCACAGGAGCUUGUGGAUACGAGAGACUCUGCUUCUCAUAAUCUGAACCCUGGAAUGGAGGGUGGUGCCGUACCCAGCACCGGGAAAACCUGUCCUGUCCACACCCCAGGCGGAGAAGAUGCAAAGCGGGGUUUUCGUAAAGGCAUAGGGAGGCAUAAUGACUAUGUGAAGAUUUCUGUGCCAGAGUCCAAGGUCAGUCGUCUGCCCAUGGAGUGGUGGAAGACCAUGAUUGCCUUUUUUUAUGCUGGCUUUAACUUGGUCCUUACAACAGUUGUCAUCACAAUAGUCCAUGAGAGGGUCCCACCCAAAGAAAGCAGCCCACCCCUUCCUGAUAAAUUUUUUGACUAUAUUGACAGAGUCAAGUGGGCAUUUACAGUCACAGAGAUCAAUGGAAUGGUUCUGCUGGUCAUUUGGAUUAUCCAGUUGUUCUUCUUCAGAUACAGGUCAAUAGCGAGCAGGCGGUUCUUCUUCCUCAUUGGCACUCUGUAUUUGUACCGCUGUGUCACUAUGUACAUCACCACCCUGCCUGUACCUGGCAUGCACAUGACUUGUGCUCCUAAGCUGCAUGGAGACUCCCAGGCAAAAAUCCAGCGAAUUCUGAGGCUGAUUUCAGGUGGAGGUCUGUCCAUUACAAACUCCCAUCUCAUGUGUGGAGACUUUCUCUACAGUGGACACACUGUGAUGCUCACCCUCACUUAUCUGUUCAUUAAGGAAUAUUCGCCGCGGUCAUUUUGGUGGUACCAUCUGAUGUGUUGGCUGCUUAGUGCCGUAGGUGUGGUGUGCAUCCUGGUGGCACAUGAGCACUACAGUGUGGAUGUGGUUGUGGCCUAUUUUAUCACCUCCCGGCUAUUCUGGUGGUACCACACCAUGGCCAACCUACAGACUCUAAAAUGCUCACCAAACAACUACCUCACUAACACCUGGUGGAACCCUCUGUUCAACUUCCUGGAGAGGAACGUCCAAACCGCGGUGCCAUGCUCAUAUAGCUGGCCCAUCACCUGGCCUCCUGCCUGCCUGAAGAACCCAUGUAAGAAGUACUCCAUGGUACAGAGCACACGAGAGGAGUGA